AACAUCUCAACAGUUUUCCAUUUUGGUCUAGUUCUUCAUCUCUAAAUCUUCAAGCAAGUUGGCCACUAUAACAUGAUGAACUUCUUAAAUUUUCCAAAUAUCCUUCACCCUAACCCUAUACUCCACAUUCUACAUUCUCUGUUCAUAAUCUCAAGCAUUCCCUUCGCUCUCUCUGAGAUCAAGAACACGCACAUUCUUGAUGAUUCUCGUCCGCUGAUCUUAUUCGAACGAUUUGGUUUCACAGAAGCCGGUCAUGUAGACAUUUCUAUAAAAGAUGUUUCUUGGAAAACAAAAUAUCAUAAAGCAGAAUAUAGCCCUUCUUCAAUGGGAUUUUUCCUAGCUAAAGAGGCUUUUUUUUUAAGAAUCAUGAACGAAUCACAGUACGCAGAACCUUUCUGUCUUCUAUCAAGCCGGUAUGUACAACUCAUAUUCAAGUUUGAUAACCUCACUGUUAAUUCAACUAACACUGGGUCCAUAGCUAUUGAUGAUCCUGAUGAAUAUAGUCUUGUUUUCGGGAACUGUCAGCCUGAAUUUGAAGUGUCAAUGUACGUACAUACAGAAAUGUAUAAUCUUAAAUAUGGGGUAAAAGAUUUCCUUCCUGCAGGCCAGACUCACCUGCCUAGACUUUACUUUAUAUUCUUCCUUAUUUAUGCUUGUUUCUUGGGUCUUUGGAUUUUCAUCUGCAUCAAACAAAGACCAACUGUUGACAAGAUCCAUUUAAUUAUGGGUGCAUUGCUUCUUGUCAAGGCACUGAAAAUGAUCUGUGCAUCUGAGGACAAAAUGUACGUAAGCAGAACUGGAACUCCUCAUGGAUGGGAUGUAGCAUUCUACAUUUUUGGAUUCUUUAAAGGCAUAAUGUUGUUCACUGUCAUAAUCCUGAUAGGAACAGGAUGGUCAUUCCUGAAACCAUACCUUCAGGAAAGGGAAAAGAAUGUCCUGAUGAUAGUAAUUCCUCUUCAGGUUCUCGAAAACAUAGCUUAUGUUGUUAUUUCUGAGACAGGACCGGCUACUAAAGAUUGGAUGACGUGGAAUCAGAUGUUCUUGUUGAUCGAUGUCAUAUGCUGUUGCGCUGUGUUUUUUCCUAUCAUUUGGUCGAUUCGAAGUCUUCGAGAGGCAUCGAAAACAGAUGGAAAAGCUGCCAGGAACCUUCAGAAAUUGACCCUUUUCAAGCAAUUCUAUAUAUUUGUGGUGGGAUAUUUGUACUUUACAAGAAUAGUGGUCUCCUCGAUAGGGGCUCUUCUGGAUUACAGAUUUCAAUGGAUUAUGAAUGCUCUCGCUGAAGGUGCAAGCCUGGUUUUUUAUGUUUUCAUAUUCUAUAAUUUUCAGCCUAUAGAAAGGAAUCCUUACUUGGUGAUUGAUGAUGAAGAAGAAUCUGCUGCUAGCCAAAUAUUGCAAGAAGACGACUCCUUCGAACUCUAGAUUUCAACUCUCUUGGAUUUUAGUAUCAAUUCUGUUCAGUGACAAAUGUUACAUCAGUAGUAGUUCAUCUACAAAAAUGUUUCAAGAUUUGAUUCAAGUUCAUACUAUAUUCUCUAGUC